AUGAGAAUAGUGGUUAAGAAUCUUCCAGAAUCCACAACUAAGGAAGAAAUCGAGAAGGAGUUUUCCAAACAUGGAAAGAUAACGGAUGUGUUUAUGGUUAACAAUGAACAGGGCAAGUUCCGGAGAAUAUGUUUUAUAGGGUACAUAGAGGAAAAAGAUGGAAUGGAGGCAAUAAAGUACAGAGACGGAUCCAUGUUUAAGAACCACAAGAUAAGAUGUGAGACUACAAAAGAAGAUUCCUAUGAAACAAGCGAAUCUGAGGAAAGAAUGAUUAGAUAUUCUAGGAAAAUAUUCAUUAGAAACAUUCCUGCAGAUGCGGACGAACGGUUUAUCAGUGAUGUAUUUAAAGAGUAUGGAGAGGUUGAGGAGGUUGGAUUACUGCCUCGCCAUGAGGGAAAGGGAGCAUAUGUUAAGUUUAGUAAAGGAGAGUGUGCAUUGGAGGCAUACAGAAAAGUAAAGCUUAUCGGAGGAGUAAAGCCAAGAAUGCGCCCAUGGAAAGAUAGAGGCGAAAAACGUGAGCACGAGCAUUACAAUACAUUGUUCUUUAACUUCGAGUCGGUUGUGAAGAAGAUAUGCGAAAGCGAAAGGAUUGGAAUCAAGGAUCUUGUCGAUGUUAACGAUAAAGAUCUUGGGGCUCGGAUGGCUCGUGCCGAAACACAUCUGGUCCAGGAAACCAAGGAGUUUCUUGAGAACAAUGGGAUCUAUCUCGAUCAUCUUACCGGCUCUGUCGACAGGAAAAAGCUGAUAGUCCGGAAUAUGGAACUUAUGAAGUGCUUGGACCUUGUAGACAAUGGUUGCAAGAUUAGUAUUGCACCUUCAAAGUGCCUUGCACUUCUUAAGUUUGAUUCUGAGGAAGAUGCCAAAAGGUGUUACAAAAAGCUGAGUCUGAGAAGGAUGAGGGAGCAUGUUAUCUAUUGCGAGUAUGCACCCAUAUGCAAUGCUCCGAGUAAAAGAGAAGAGCCACCUAAAGAACACACAGAAAAGAAGAGUAGAAAGGGCACAAACAAGCUUCUUAUCAGAAAUGUUCCGUUCCAAGCCUCCAAAGAAGAUGUUAGGAAGAUAUUUGAUUCAUUCCAUGUGGUAAAUGUCCGUAUUCCUGUGAAGAGAGAAGGGACUAGCCGAGGAUUUUGUUUUGUAACAUUCCAGUCGCCCGAAGAAGUUUCUGCAGCCAUUGAGUAUUUUGGAAGCAGCACACAUUUGUACGGGAGGCGUCUUGUUCUCGAAAAGGCAAAAUCCUAG